CUUAUCACUUAUCACUUAUCACUCACUAUCAGCAACGGCUUGCGGCUUUAUCGGCCGACGAGCCGAUCACAGCCAAGGGGGGAACGCAGACCUGUGAACUGUGGCUAGUUGUGGUUAGUUGUGGAAUUGGUAUUACUUGCUGUGGCUACAUCCCACCCACGGCGUACGUAUGCAAGUGGGAUAAUCCAUACCAUCAAUUGAGAAUAGCUCUUGGCUGUCAAUGUUGGUCGGCUGGGUCCCGAAUCUCGGCGAGCAGAAUAAGUAUUUCUAUCUGAAUAGGAGCUUGAAGCAAGGAACUCGCUCCAAUGUAGAUCUAACCCUCAAUCACUACCUAUGGCAUCCAACUCCUACCGCAUCGGCGUCGAUGUCGGCGGCACAAACACUGACGCCGUGAUCCUCGACGUCCGCGACACCACAGGACCACAGCGUGGAGUCCUCUCAUUCUGCAAAACACCCACGACGGCUCCCAACGUCACCGAUGGCAUCGAAACCGCUGUGCGCACAGUGCUCACGCAAAGCGUUGUUCCGCCAAGUCAAAUCGGGUGUCUUACCAUUGGAACAACACAUUUCAUCAACGCCAUCAUCGAGCAUGACGUCCGACGUCUCGCGCCAGUCGCGAUUAUUCGCCUAUCAAAAUCUUUUCUAAGGGAAGUUCCUCCAUUCUCGGACUUCCCUCCCGCACUGGCCAAAAUCAUGAAUGGGUAUUAUGGCUAUGUAGACGGUGGAUUGCACAUCGAUGGAUCCCAGGAAUCGCCCAUCGUAGAGGAGCAAGUCGUCAGGGAGUGCGCGGCAAUCCGCGAAAGGGGGAUCGAUGCCAUCGUCAUCUGUGGGAUCUUUUCUCCUAUCGAUGAUCACUUCCAUCAAGAAAAGAGAGUCCGCGAUAUCGUCGCACGGGAAAUCCCCGGCGCGGACAUCGUCUGCUCGUCGGAUGUUUCGCAAAUCGGGUUUUUGGAACGAGAAAAUGCGGCGAUUUUGAACGCGUCGAUCAUGAAGUUUGCGCGUCCCACGGUGCGCGGGUUCCGUGCCGCCAUGAAACGGCUGGAUCUUCAUUGUGCAUUGUAUCUCACGCAGAAUGAUGGGACUUUGAUAGACGCGCCGGCGGCUGCGAAGCUGCCUAUUCGCACGUUCUCGUCUGGACCGACGAAUUCAAUGCGUGGCGCGUCUUAUCUGGCUGAGGGUAGUGGAGAGCGGACAACGAAGAUUGUAGUGGACAUUGGCGGCACGACGUCUGAUGUCGGAGUCCUCCUGCCCUCGGGUUUCCCUCGUCAGGCAUCAGCGUAUGUGACAGUUGCCGGCGUGCGGAUCAACUUCAGCAUGCCGCAUCUCGAAUCUAUCGGACUCGGAGGAGGCUCCAUCGUGCGGGUAAACGAGAAAGCAGCAGUCACUGUUGGACCCGACUCUGUCGGACAUUUCCUGCAGUCCAAAGCCACUGUAUUCGGCGGUGAUACUUUGACCACCACAGACAUUGCUGUCAGGGCUGGGAAAGAAGAGAUCGGGAACCCAGAUCUGAUUAAGGAUUUAGACGAGACGAUAGUAUCCCGCGCCCAGGCCCGCAUGAAGCUGAUGCUGGAACGUGUGAUUGAUCAGAUGAAGACAUCACCUGCGCCGCUCCCAGUGCUAUUGGUGGGUGGAGGCUCGGUGAUUGCUCCGGCAGAGCUCGAGGGCGUUUCGUCCGUUGUGUGCCCGCCAUGUCAUUCCGUGGCGAAUGCCGUUGGAGCUGCUAUCGCAAAGGUUGGCGGGACGGUGGAUUUUAUUCAAAGCAGUACGAAUAAAGCUGUAAGUGAGAUUGUGGAGGAAGGUAAAGCCUUGGCGAUAGAUCGUGCAGUUGGGGCUGGAGCUAGUCGUGAGAGUGUGUAUGUCGCGGAGGUAGAUGUUAUUCCGCUUCAGUAUGUAAACAACAACGAGGUUAGAGUGAUAGUCCGGGCCGUCGGGGAGUUGUCUGAUGACGGCGUACCUCUAACAAAUGGCACAAGCGAGGAUGAUAAUACCUUGGAAGGUGGUGAUGAGGUAUACCAAGAAGCCGAUAAAAUCCAGCUGUCACCCAAGGAAGAGAACGAAAACCGCAAGAUAGAUAUCAACUCUUACAAGCCCAAAAUCGUGAUAAAUCCCGAGACUGGAGUGGAUGAAUGGGUAAUUAGUGAAUUGGACCUGGAAUGGCUAUCUGAUGGCUGCUAUGUGCUGGGAUGUGCCGGUGGAGGAUCCCCGUUCAGUGAAUUCCUACGUCUACGCGACCAGGUUCGAGCUGGAUAUAAGAUGAGGGUGAUUGAUGCCGCUUCACUAAAAGAUGAUGCAAUUAUUUACUGGGGCGGCCACAUGGGAUCUCCAGCUGUAUCAACAGAACGACUGGCCAACGACGAGACCGAGCAAGCGGUGGCUGAGCUCAUGGAAUAUUACGGACAUAAGAAAAUAGACGCAUUUAUCGAUCUGGAAAUCGGCGGGGGUAAUGGCUUGCAAGGUCUAGCUUUAGGGUCUACUAAGCACCAGGGAUGCCCAACGAUAGACGCAGAUUUUAUGGGCCGGGCGUAUCCUACAUAUUGGCAAACCACCCUCUGUGCAUUCGAAGAAAGAGCCCUGGUCCCCUGCGCCAUUGCCUCUGGGGACGGCAAGACAAUUCUCAUGACCAAGACCACCAACGAUGAAAUCGUUGACAGGGCUCUACGCGCAUCAUGCUCAGAGAUGGGGUCUCGGGUUGGCAUGGCCGCGAAGCCAACUAACAAGCACGCCGUGCUCAAUUACAGUGUUCUCAACACCAUCUCUCUGGCUUGGAGGAUUGGCCGCACGAUCGCCUGCGCACAUGCUACCAACACUAUCAGCACAGUCGCAGAACAAAUGGUCGAGGAAUGUGGCGGGUCCAAGGCUGCCAAGAUAUUGUUUCGCGGGAAGAUAAUCGCUGUUGAGAGACGUCUAUUCAAGGGCCACUCGCACGGCGAAUUAGUCAUUCAGCAGGUCCAGAGCAGUGAACAGGAAGAUACAAGCGAUCUCCCUGUUACUCCCGCAGUGGCAACUGGCGGGAUCCUCAAGAUUCCGUUCAAGAAUGAGAACAUUUAUGCGAAACAUAUUGCUGACGAUGGGACGGAGGAGUAUAUCGCUACAGUCCCUGAUCUGAUUUCGGUGCUGGACACGCAGUCCGGCCGUGCUUUAGGGGUUCCAGAGUUUCGGUAUGGGGUUAUGGUGACGGUGUUGGGGAUAACGUGUUCGCCGCGCUGGACGCAGACCAAGAAGGGGCUGGAGAUCGGUGGGCCGGGCGCCUUUGGGUAUGAUAUUGAGUAUAAGCCAUUGGGAGAGUAUGUUGAGCCGAGAAGUGUAGUCUUAGAGUAUGCCGAUAAGAACUAGCACGUCGAUUCAAUAGAAGUGCUUUUGAUUAACCCUAGCCCU